AAUCCUAAUAAUAAUAAUAACGAAGAUAGAAAUUUUCUAAGAAAAGAGAAAAGGAAAAACAAUACUUCCUUCUCUGUUAAGCUCAAAGAUCAACCAUGGAAGCUACCGCCUUAAGCUCUGCGGCAACCAUCGUCUCCUCAUCAUCAUCGCCGCUUUCCAUCUUCUCCCCGAAGAAGAGAACAGACUCAUCUUUUCCGAGAAUCGUCCGGCUUUCGAAGAAGGACGACAAAGAUUAUGAUCCGAAAUCUGAAUUGAACUCAUCGAGCCUCGUUCCUCUAUUCCAAAACCGAACAUUCUCGGAUGAUGAGGCAAUGGGACUAGUAUUGAACGCAGCCUCGGUAAGAGGCUGGACCACCGGUUCCGGGAUGGAAGGGCCGUCUCUUCCGGCCAAGGCCGAUACGGAGACGGUUUCAACGUUUCCUUGGUCACUAUUCACGAAAUCGCCUCGUAGGCGUAUGCGUGUUGCCUUCACUUGCAACGUUUGUGGCCAGAGAACUACACGAGCCAUAAAUCCACAUGCUUACUCUGACGGCACCGUCUUUGUGCAGUGUUGUGGAUGCAACGUGUUUCAUAAGCUGGUGGAUAACCUCAACUUGUUUCAUGAGGUGAAGUAUUAUGUGAGCUCGAGCUUCAAUUACAGAGAUGCUAAGUGGGAUGUUGGGGGCUUCGAUCUCUUCGACAUGAAUGAUGAUAAUGAUGAUGGCGGUGAUAGUGACGGCGGCAAAGACCGAUUCCCUUUGUAAAGUAAAGAGGCAUCUUUCUUUGCUCUCAUGAGGCAUGAUCGAGCAAAUGACGCUGCACUUGUCGUUACUUCCCGCAGCUGUAGGAAUUCACAAAUAACGCUGAGAACAAAAUAAACUCAUUGUUGCAAAGGCAGAGAACAAUUGAAAUGUCAAAAAACAAGGAUGUAAUAUUGUUGCGAAGUUCAUUUAACCAAAAAUGUGUGAACAUAUUCUUUAGAAUGUCUUGUUCACGGCAAUCUUUAUCAGCCACUUAUAACAAUAUCAACAUUUUUGAUACGCUUUUCCAUGUAUUUUACAAAAAAAAA